CUCUGGCCAGCGAGCGCACACAUAACCAAGCAGGCUUCCUCCUUCCCGAGCUCUCAAGCAUCGAGCGUCGCGAAACCAGAGUCGCCGUGUCUCCUUCUGAACUGUCUUCUGCGCCUGGGCGAGACUGGGCAAGGAGCUCGACAGUUCACUGUCGUGCCUGACGUUGGCCUCGAGUCGCUCCAGUCGGUAAAUCAACCGCCUGCUGGGAGGCUUCAUCGAUCGGUGCAUGCUUGCGCGCCCGGGCCCGACACCUUCCCCAACGUGCGACGCCGACCGCAGCGCCUGCACGGCAUGGCUCCUUCUACUCGCUACUCCAGUAAUCUGGGUCAGAUUAUUGAGUAUAUUCCCGACCGCCUUUACCUCGCUUCCUACGUCGAAGCCCCCGAUGCAAAUACGCUCUUCCCUUACCCGGACCCGCCGCCGCGCUCGCCCAGCAAGUGGUCGCAACGCUCCCCCGAGGGACCGACGCCGGCACAGAGCAGCCAGAAGCAGCCCUUCUACUUUACGGUGGAUGACACUCUCCUCUACAAUGCAUUUCAUCACGACUUUGGUCCGCUGCACAUCGGCCACCUCUACCGCUUCGCGCUGCAGUUCCACGAGAUUCUGGGGGCCAAGGAGAAUAAGGACAGGCCAAUCGUCUUUUGGAGCAGAGCCGAUCCCCGCAGUCGCGCCAAUGCCUCGUGCUUGCUAGCAUGCUACAUGGUCCUCAUCCAGUCGUGGCCCCCUCACCUGGCACUCGCGCCGAUCGCCCAAGUCGACCCGCCGCUGAUGCCCUUCAGAGACGCCGGCUAUAGCCAAGCAGACUACGGCAUCACCGUGCAGGACGUCGUAUACGGGGUCUGGAAGGCGAAGGAGGAAGGCUGCUGUGUCCUGGAGACUUUUGACCUCGACGAGUAUGAGCGCUUUGAGCGCGUGGAGCAGGGCGACUUCAACUGGAUCACACCCAAUUUCCUCGCUUUUGCUUCCCCGCAGAGCACGCCGUCGGCGCGGACUCCCGAGGGGACGGACGCCUGGAACGCUUUGCCUACCACUUUGGCGGCAGUGGAUGCUCAUCCCACCCUCGCACAGCCAUUCAAGAACGUCCUGAGACAUUUCAGCGAGAGGAACAUCGGACUUGUUGUGAGGCUCAAUUCGGCUCUGUACGAUGCGUCGUACUUUGAGGCGCUCGGCAUUCAGCACGUCGACAUGAUCUUCGAGGAUGGGACAUGCCCGCCGCUUUCCAUGGUGCGGAAGUUCAUCCGCAUGGCGCACGAGAUGAUCACGGUCAAAAAGAAGGGAGUUGCGGUCCACUGCAAGGCUGGUCUGGGUCGGACAGGUUGUCUGAUCGGAGCCUACCUGAUCUACAGACACGGCUUCACUGCCAACGAGAUCAUCUCCUACAUGCGCUUUAUGCGCCCGGGCAUGGUAGUUGGCCCUCAGCAACACUGGCUCCACCUGAACCAGGGAACUUUCCGGGAAUGGUGGGUUGAGGAGCGUGUCGAGCGGAAGCUGCGGAAGGAGGCAGCUCUCGCCGCCGCCGCCGCCGCCGGGUCUCAAACCAACGGUGCCCACCAGCCGAUCACGCCGAUCCGCGCCACCCAAAAGAGCGGUCUUGGGCGCAGCUCCAGCAAGAACGGCACGUCGACGCCCCCCAACAGGGGCUCCGCCCGGACGCCGCUCGGCGAAAUUGACCACGACCGCACCCGUGAUAACAGCAUUGGCGUGCAGGAGGAUUACCUUCCUGCUCCAACGCCGGGCCAACCGCGGAAGACGCAGCGGAACGCCGUCGACCGGCAUCAUCCGUACCACCGCAGCACGAGCGCCGUGCCAACAGUCGAAGAAGAAGCUGGCGCUGAGCACGAGGUCCAGACCGAGGUCAUCUCGAUACACCGCUCACAAGGAAACGAGUCCGACGAGGAGUGGAACCUGCGCGUGCGCCAGCACCGCGAGGCAUCCGGUUCCCUCUCUCCGGACCGCCGGGACCGGUCAGUGAGCCAUCAGACAACGACCACCUCAACAACUACCAUCUACCAGCUCGUUGACGAUGAUGCUUCACACGACAUCGAGAACAUGGGGAUGGCUACUGCAAAGACCAAAUCGUACGACCAGAUCCAGCGGGCCAGCUCCGCCUCGGGCGUCCUGGUCAAGGUCCGCGGGGCAAGCAGCAGCCCGAAGCGCGCCGUCGCCGGCGGCGGAGUGCGGGAAUCUGGCGUCCGCAAGACCAGCGGACGGGUCGGCAGUGUCGGACAGGGUUCUCCGAUCGGGGCGGCAGUCUCCUCCGCCCGGAAGAGCUAAAAAGGAACUGAUGGUUCGGGCAUCGGGCACCUCUUUUUUUUUUUUUUUUGCUGCCCCAGGCAGGGCCUUCGUCACGAUGCGCCACCGAUGUUGAUGACGUUACGACGACAUGACCCACGCCGUUUAUUUCU